AUGGGUUCAGCGACCUCGUUGAUUACUUUUUCCCCACGGGCGUUCAUGGCGCUGUUCUCUCCAUCUACCUAUCAAAUCUGGAUGAAUUAUUUGUCGGUGGGCGCAUUUUUUAUGCGCCGUAAUGACUUCCCUUCAUUAGUCGUCUUUAUUUCUUUUUUUUGUGGCAAAUCAACAUGUAUACCUCACUAA